CUUUUAUUUUAUUGUAUUGUCCUUGUCAAUAUAUUUUGUAUUUCCUGUUACAAGACUUGAUUAUCUUGAUCAAUCAUAAUGCUUAACAUUUGGACUGUGAUGAAAUGGAAUGUGUUAUGAAGAUAAACUUUCAUAAAAAAUAAUAUAAAAAUGUAAGUCUCCCAUACCAAACAUAGAGGCUAGGUUAAACGUAUAAUAGUAGUUUUACACCAAAUUUGUAAAAAAAAAAAAAAAAAAAAAAAGGUAGUUAACAUUAGUAUCUUUUGAAAAUUAUCAUAUCAACAUUUAGAACAGUCUCACAAAGUCUCACAAGAUAGGAUAAUUUUAGUACAGCACUUAUGAUGUAUAUAUGGUUAUAUAUAUAUAAUGAAUAGCACAGUGGUAGUGCUAGUCAAACUAGAAUUAAACCUGACCUUUUUAGCUGUAUAGUGGUUAAAAGAGGAAAAUCAAACACAGAUUUUACAUGCAUAAAAUUGUCAAGAAAUAUCAGCAGGCUGUGAAAGAAAAUAGAUAAAAACUGCAAUAAAGCACACGAUUCAGCUUUGACUGAUUUUUUCUUUCAAGAACAUUAUAUUUUGAACAUAAGCUACUUAUGAUUAGGCUUUAAAUACAGAAGAAAAGUGUUUUUCUUUUUGUAACUAUUAAACCUUUAAAGAAAGGAGAGUGAAAUUGGAAAAAAAUGUAUAUUGUAUCUGCUACUUCAAACACCUAAUUGAAGGUAAUAUGCUUAUUUUGUGAUAUUCAAUCCCAAGAUGCAAUUAUUAUUAACAUUAUAUUAAAUUAACAUAUUCCAGGUGUGUUUUUAUGCAUCAUUUUCACAUUUUUUAAUGUGUUAACUGAGUUUAUAUAUGUUUUAUAUGAUUGAAAUAUAAGUUGUGUUUACAGCUCAACUAUAGUGGGAUGUGGUAAAAUGACAAUCUGCCAGUAGAUGGCAGCCAAGCUUUGUUCGAUGACUUCUGCAAUUCAUUUUUCCUAUGAAUUCAGCAAACCUCUGCCAAUAAAGCAGUUUGUAUGUUUGCAAAUGAGAUACAUCAAAAAGCUGCAACAGAUUUAGAAGACAUUUGGUGGACAGAUUUCUUUGACAACAUAAACAGAUGAGAUGUUUGCUUUUUCCUUUUUGUCAAUAUCAUUAUGGAGCCUAUUUGUUGUCCAAUUUAUGUCAUGAAGUGCGGAGCAGAUGGACUCAAACGCAGGGCAUGGCAGGAAAAAGGAACUGAAGAAUAAAUUUAUGAAACAACUCAGGAACAGGACACAGAAGUUCAGGCAGGCGAGACUAAACUGACCAGAACAAAACUGAACCGAAACACAGGACUAAAAUACAAACUGAACUAAUGAGGGAAUGGAGAACAGGUGACUAGACAGAGAACAGGCGAGGAGCUGAUUGACUGGGGAAAUCACAGGGAGCAGGGCAAGUCUAACAAAGCUGAUACAGGGCAGGUGUGGAGCACAGGAACACAGAAGGGAAACAGACGACCAAAAAAGCCGGAAAAUACAAUAUAACCAUGCACAAACUGUCCCAGAACUCACAUGAACACAACUUAAAAAAGUGCACAACGCGCACACACACCAAAAUAAACAUAAGUAUGCAUCGCUGUUGACAAAAACAUGAAUAAAUUGAAUAAAUCAGUCUAUUAAGCAGAGUGGCUUGCAUAUUAAGGCUCAUGUAACAACAGAAAUCAGACUAAAAGACAACUGUGGCUCUUAGUUCCUAUGAGAGUCAAUGUCGAAAGCAACAGUAUCUCAAGUGGUCCUUAAAUAUAAUCUGCAGCCUCUCUUAUCUGUCCUUCUCCCCACAGUCCAGUUUUAACAACAGGGAGAAAAGUCUGAGAGCAUCUGGUGGACAGGUGGAGGGACGUAGAGCCAGACUGUGACAGAACCAUGACAAUCUAUUGUUCUGUCCCUUCAUUUACUUUAUCCAAACAUUCUCUGUUUCAUAAGACCACUCAAGGUUUCUUUUUAAAUUUUUAUUUAUUUGUUUCGGUAAAGCUUUCAAGGGUUUGUCUUUCUUCACUGAGGAUGGUCUUAUUGGAACAAAGAGCUGCAGGAAAUCAAGCAUUAAACUUAUUUAGUCUAUAAACACGGGCUCAUCAUCAGUCUUAUUGUCUCAUUUUAAUGGUGGUUCAGGCUUCGUGAGCAGAAAAUACCUACUCAAACAUUGAAAUCCUAGACUCUUAUUUACUAUUAUUGGUGCUUACUUUUCAGAUAUAGAGAGACACACUCCUCUUCUAUAAGAGCCAUUACUUUCACAGAGUUUAUUACACAUUUGGUCCACUCUGCACGGUCUUGGCAGCACCCCUACUGGUCUGAAUUAUAACUUGCUACUGUUCACAGAGCCGCAGCAGACAGAGUCCAGACCUCUGGAUAGCGGGCUGAAGUCAAUCUGCACCAUUCCUCUCUCAGAGACCUGACAACCUAAAUCAGCAGGGAUCCCAUGAUGAGUCCCAAGUGAAAGCGUUGGGAUCCGUGCCACUCGUUUGCCUCCUGAAUCAGUUUGGUGAUGAUGAACAAGUGUUUCCCGAGGACCUAAUCAAAGACUGGAUGUUGUUGUAACUAUGGUUACGUCUGGGUGGGGGGUGCGGGCCCUCUCCCCCUGUGGCCUUGUGCUGGUCAUCUAUUCGUCUGUGUGUCUGUCCCAGCAGCCUCACAUCAAACCUGCAGACUGCAACAGAAAGGAACAUCCUGUCAUCUUGUACCAAGCAUUAAGGCCGUGGAUGUCAGAGUUCUCCCAACCAGGAGUGAAGGAUUUCUCCCAGCUGGCCCUCGACCUGAGUAGAAACCAGCUUGUUGUAGGAGCAAGAAAUUUCCUCUUCAGACUGAGUUUGAGCAACGCCUCCCUUAUACAGGCAACAGAAUGGGCACCGGAUGAAGAUACCAGGCGUUCUUGCCAGAGCAAGGGGAAGUCAGAGGAGGAGUGUCAAAACUACAUCCGGGUUUUGUUGAUCAGUGGGAGGACGCUCUUCACAUGCGGGACCAAUGCUUUCACACCUGUCUGCAUAACCAGGCAGAUUGGUAAUAUCAGUCAGGUGUUGGACACAGUGAACGGUGCUGCCCGAUGUCCCUAUGACCCUCGCCACAACUCCACCGCCAUGGUAACGGAGAAGGGCGAGUUGUAUGCUGCCACGGUGAUCGACUUCUCCGGACGUGACCCUGUCAUCUACAGGAGCCUGGGGAACAUGCCGCCACUGCGCACUGCCCAGUACAACUCUAAAUGGCUCAACGAGCCUCAUUUUGUGUCUGUUUAUGAGAUUGGUCGCUUUGCGUACUUCUUCCUGCGGGAAACUGCUGUUGAAAAUGACUGUGGGAAGAUGGUGUUCUCUCGUGUGGCCCGGGUGUGUAAGAAUGAUAUGGGUGGUCGUUUCCUUUUGGAGGACACCUGGACCACCUUCAUGAAGGCUCGACUCAACUGCUCCCGCUCAGGAGAAAUCCCCUUCUACUACAAUGAGCUGCAGAGCACUUUCUACUUACCAGAGCAGGACCUGAUCUAUGGCAUCUUCACCACUAAUGUCAACAGCAUAUCAGCUUCUGCUGUCUGUGCCUUCAACCUGAGCUCCAUCACUCAGGCCUUCAAUGGACCUUUCCGCUACCAGGAGAACCCCCGCACUGCCUGGCUCUCCACCCCAAACCCCAUUCCCAAUUUUCAGUGUGGCACCCUGGAGGAAGGCGGUCCUGGGGGGAACCUGACAGAGCGCAGCCUCCAGGAUGCCCAGCGACUCUUCCUGAUGAACGACGUGGUCCAGCCGGUGACCGUCAACCCCCUGCUCACCCAGGACAACCUGCGCCUCUCCAAGCUGGUGGUGGACAUCGUGCAGGGCAAAGACACCCUCUACCAUGUCAUGUACAUCGGCACCGAAUACGGCACCAUCCUGAAGACUCUUUCCACGACCAACAAAAGCCUUCAUGGCUGCUACCUGGAGGAGCUCAGGAUCCUCCCUGAAGGGCAAAUUGGACCAAUCAAGAGCCUACAAAUCCUCCACAGUGACAGGUCUCUGUUUGUGGGGCUUGAUGACCGACUAGUGAAGAUACCAUUAGAGCGCUGCUCCAGCUAUCCAACUGAACGUCAUUGCAUGGAAGCUCGGGACCCUUAUUGUGGCUGGGAUCACAAACAGAAGCGCUGCACGACAAUCGAGGACAGCUCCAACAUGAACCAGUGGACCCAAAACAUCACAGAGUGUCCAGUGAGGAACCUGACCCAGGAUGGCGGUUUUGGCCCUUGGGCUACAUGGCAACCCUGCAACCACGAUGACGGUGAGGGCUCCGUCAGCAGCUGUGUGUGUCGAUCCCGCUCAUGUGACGGACCUGUAGCCCGGUGUGGUGGGGUCGAUUGUAAAGGCCCAACCAUCCAGGUGGCAAACUGUUCCAGGAAUGGUGGCUGGACUCCCUGGUCUUCAUGGGGCCAGUGCAGCAGCAGCUGUGGUAUCGGUUUUGAAGUGAGGCAGCGGUCCUGCAACAACCCCUCGCCUCGCCACGGUGGUCGAAUCUGUGUAGGCCAGGGUCGAGAGGAGAGGCUGUGCAAUGAGAAAAAGCCAUGCCCCCUGCCAGUGUUGUGGACAGCAUGGGGACCCUGGGCUCACUGCAGCGCUGAGUGUGGAGGAGGGGUCCACUCCAGAACCAGAACCUGUCAGAAUGGAAACAGCUGUCCUGGAUGUGCUACGGAGUAUAAGGCCUGCAACCUGGAGGCCUGCCCUGAGGUGCGCCGCAACACCCCUUGGACACCCUGGAUGCCAGUCAACGUCAGUCAAGAUGGGUCACGGCAAGAGCAGAGAUUCAGGUACACCUGUCGGGCGCUGCUACCCGACCCCCAGCAGCUCCAGCUGGGCAAGAAGAAGUUGGAGACCCGGUUCUGCCCCAAUGACGGAUCUGGAGCCUGCCAGACUGACUCUCUGGUUGAAGACUUGGUAAAGACCAGUGGCCGAGCUCUGUCUCAGCCCCAAGGUGCCCGCUGGGGAUCCUGGGAAAUGUGGUCCAGCUGUUCCCAGCAGUGUUCCAGAGGCUUCCGAACCCGGAAACGCAGCUGCUCAACGGCGGAGGGCAGGACCAACCCGAGUGCCUGCAUAGGAUCCCCGGUGGAGUAUCAGGACUGCAACCCUCAACCGUGCCCAGUGAGUGGGGCCUGGUCUUGCUGGGCCUCAUGGUCCCAGUGCUCAGCCAGCUGUGGGGGCGGACACUACCAGCGGACCCGGACAUGCAGCAACCCACCCCCUGCCAACGGAGGUGACAUCUGUAUAGGCCUGCACACUGAAGAGGCCCUCUGUAAUACACAUGUUUGCGAAGGUUGGGGUGAGUGGACAGAGUGGGGGGAUUGUGAUGAAGGGGGUCUGCAGCAUCGCACUCGUCGCUGUGGUGAGGACCAGGAGGCUGAGGCCAGUCUCUGCCAGGGCAACAUCACCCAGUCCAGGCCAUGCCAGCCUCAUGAGGUGCCAGUUAUUUUACCCGGACAGGAGGACGAGGGCUGUGGAACCUUUACCUUGUUCCAGUUGGUAGCUGUGGGCGCAGCCUGUUUCUUUGCAGCAGCCCUGCUGUCAGCGCUGGUCUAUUCCAACUGCCACCACCUGAACCGACCAUCAGCAGAGUCCGCAGUCAUCCACCCCAGCACACCCAACCACCUCACCUACAACAAGCAGGGCAACAGCACGCCAAAGAAUGAGAAGUACAUCCCCAUGGAGUUUAAGACGCUAAACAAGAACAAUCUCCACGUGAACGACGAGACGUGCAACCACUUCCCGUCCCCACUGCCCUCCAGCAACAUGUUCACUACCACCUACUACCCUCCCAGCCUGAGCAAGUACGACUUCCACCCAGACUCCCCCUGCAGGACCUACAUGCACAGCUGAGAGAAAGCCCAGCUCUAAAAACAAACCAACCCCUUUUUAUUCGCCUGAAUUCCACCUUGAAGUGUUUUGUUAUUAAAAAAAAUACUCUAAGAGUUUGAAGGAUUAUUCAGUUGGUCAACAUAGUCAUGGUAAAGUAAUAAGGACAAAGUAAUGUGAACAAAACACAAAAAUCAUCCUUGUGUUCCAGGCAAUUUUUUAACAUAUUUGUUUGUGAGAUCUUUAAGAGUUGAUUCACCUAAAUUACACUUAACCUUUAUUGGUAUCUGGCCAUGCAGAUAGAUUUGAUUUUAUUUGCCCGGAUUAUGAGAUAUCCAAUUUUUCUUUUGUGAUGCUCACAGAGGUGAAAAAACUGUUUCAUUUUUAUAUUCUGAGAGAACCAAAACUAAAAUUUCCAUUUACCUCAAUUUUAUUGAGAAUGCUAGAAUCCUGGACAAAUAAAACCAGAACUAUCUCCAUGGAGAGGUAGCACUAAAGGUAAGUAAGAGACCUUUUUUUUGUAAUUUGGGUGAACUGACCCUUUAAGGCUUCAAUAGUCAUGUCAUUUUCAUUCCCUUUAUGAGGUUCUUGUCAAAGCUGGCAAGCUAAUUGUUUCCUUAUAUUCUGCAAAAUAUGGUUACUUUUUUUUGAGGCAGAAGAAGAAAUUACUGUUUAAUUGGUCGCACAGACACUGAGCCAAUCAUCAACAAGGAGCUGUGUGUACUCAGGUCGACUGCAGUCCUUUUUUUUUCACUGAAAAUUUCAGAAGAGAUCUGUGUGCAAGCUACAAUAACAUGAUUGCAGAGGCAGGUGCUAGCACACAUCAACCAAUGCAAGAGGUAUGCAGCAACCGUUAACGCCUGAAGGAAGACCCAUUCCUCCACUUCACCCCACCCUGAGGUGCUCCAUUUGUGCUCAGGGCAGUGUGACAACAGGGUACAACCCAGAGCUCCAGGGCUUCAACUAGACUUCAGACCUUGUAUGAACCUGGGUUUCCACUGGACUGAGAAGAGACUCAUCUUUUGACUGUUGUUUUGGGGACUUAUUGCAUUUUUGGCAAGUGACUUCAGAGGAAUCAGUAAUACUGCAUACUGUUCUAUAGGUAGCUUGGACACUUGAAGAAUGGGUUGCCAUUUGCAAUGAAGAAAGUUUUCUGAAUAAAGACUGAUAUCUAUGAGUAAAAACGAGACAAAUGAUGUGUUGUGAGGAACUUUCACACAUUUCUCCCUUCACUGUGUGUGAAUGGAGCAAAGAAACGAACAGAGACCUGCAGAUUUCUGGCUUAUUUGCUUUAAUUUUCAUGUUUAGCAGAGUCGACAAUAGAAAACAACACUGAAGACAUUGUUGACAGGCCUCACUUUGUACUGUACAUUGUUAAAGAUACAGGUUUGCUGACUUUUGUAUCUGUAUCUGCUGAAACAAAAUGAUGAAUUUGAAUUUUAAAACAUGGGGCAUUUUUUUGCCAUUCAUAUUCCUAUUUUCUGGAUGUUAGUGCAUUAAAGUUAAUACACAACAAUCACCAAAUAUACAGUAAUACAGCUUUGAGCUAAGAAAGCAUUGUGCUUGUAUAUUUCAGAGCCUGUCACAGCACAUGAACAUACCAUAAAUCAGCCAACUGCAGUGCCAUGCAACGAUAAGG